AUGGCCAAACAGGGAUGGAUCCUGCGAGCUUUGUCAACUGUCACAUCCAGAAGUAGGAAGAAGAGCGCGGGCUCUUGCGCGGACAUCGAAGAGGAUGAUGAGGAGAAGGCGGAGGAACCACGGAGCGUGCCCUGCCUGCCUUCUGCACCUUCUUCUGCGCUCUUUGCACAGGAUGCAUUCAGCAUGCCUUCGGUGGGAGGCUGCGUAAACAUCCAGCAUCCCCACAGUAAGAAUUUGCUGCCCGAGGAGGUUGUCCUUUUCGAGCCUUCGGUGGAAGAGAUCUUUGCGGAUCGCACAGGACCUCGCGGGACGCGGCUGAUCUUCCUCAACACGCCGCUCUCGGAAGCUGAGGUGCAAGCCCUGGCAGCCUUGCGCAAGGAGUGGGCCACGCGACGCAGCGGCAGGGAUGAUCUCCCCGAGUUCAUCCGGCUAAGCGCCUUGCGGGUGUUGCAGCACAAGAAGUUCGAUGUAUCCCGGGCGAUAGACCUGAUACAGACCUGCCUGGAGGAGCGCGUGCGUAGGCUGCCGCUUCAGGAGGCAGACAUCUUGCAAGAUUUGAGUUGCGGAGCCAUGUAUUGGCAUGGCAGAGACCGCAAGUGCAGACCCUGCCUGGUCGUCCGCAUUGAGCGCUUCGCUGAUCUCAUCAAGGACAAGGAGAGGUGUGUUAGAAUGACGAUCUUCGUUCUAGAGUAUGCCAUUCGUUACGCCAUGGUUCCCGGCCGGGUCGAGAACUGGGUGGUUCUGGUGGAUUGCGAGAAUUUAUCGGACGUUGUCUCCUUCUUCCAGUUGCCAACAAUGUGUCUCACUGCAAAGGCUCUGUCCCAGACACUGGAGAGCGUGUACUGCUGCCGCAUGGUGUGGGUGAAGCUCCUGAAUCUGCCGACGAUCUUGCGCAGCAUAGUGCAGAGCGUCAUACCUGCGGAGAAGAAGAAGAAGGUUUGUGCCAUUGAGGACCCUUCCAAGGAGCUUCUGAAAUACUUUGAGCCCAACCAGCUAGAGGCCAGAUAUGGAGGCACGCGGCCAGACCUGAAACCACACGAGACAUAUCCGUUUCAUUUUUUCCCUGGAUGCACUGGCUCACCAACGGCAUCCGGUUCCCGCCGGAUUAUGACUUGCGAGAGUGAUCGCAGCACAGCCAGUACAGAGAGCGGGCAAAGCACUGCUGCAAGCAGUGAAGAAGUAGCCUGCUUGGCCAACCUUGAGCCUGCGACCUCGCUGCAUCAUCUUACAGGACGCAAGUUUCACGAGGGACAACUUUGGGAUACGAGCGUCCGGGACCGGUGGAGCGCAGACGCGACGAAGUCCAGCUUGACGUGGCAAGCCGCACAGGUGCUUUCCGCGAUGUUGGAGCAGGAAGUCCUGCCUUGCUGCACGAUGCAGCAGUGGAAGGAAUUAGCGGCUUGCGAAGGAACGAAGAAGCAGGAGGCCCCUGCGGUUCUUCUCGGCAGCCAGGCUGUUGCAAGGUCAAAAGAACCUGCUGAGGCAGCCAUCCCGAAGGAGAGAAGGCAGCUUUCUCAGACGGACAUUAUCCGAGAGAGGCGGACGGAACUUAUUUCACUGUAG